AUCCAACCCACCCACACCUUCAUUCCCUCUCUUUCCUCUCUUUCCUUCCUUCCCUUUCCUUCUCUUCAAUCCUUACCAUUCAUUAUGGUCAACUUCAAGAACUUCGCCAUCGUGGCGACCACACUCCUUGGCUGCGUAGUAGCAGCUCCAGCUCCAGCUCCUUCCUCUUCUUCCUCUUCUUCUACUGGCCCCAGCGAUAUCAUUCCCGGCAGUUACAUCAUCACCCUGAAGCCCGAGAUCAAGGUCGCCAAGGUCAAGGCCCACAUCAAGUGGGUUAAGGACGUCCACAAGCGCAGUCUCACCAAGCGUGACGGCGACAACGGCAUCGAGAAGACUUAUGACAACGAGGCUGGCUUCCAUGCCUACUCUGGUACCUUCGAUACCUCCACCAUUAAAGAGAUUAAGAAGAGCCCUGACGUCAUCGCCGUUGAGCCUGAUCGUCUCGUGAAGCUCACAUGGAACCCCCAGGCCGGAGAGCCUAGCGAGAACAACCAAUUCGGCGAGCGAGACCAUCAUGAGGAUCAUGAGGGUGAGGAUGAGACCACCGAGGACACUCACCUCUCCAAGCGAUCCGAGACCAACCAAAAGUCUGCUACUUGGGGUCUCGGAACCAUCUCGCACCGCGCCAAGGGCUACAAGAGCUAUCUCUACGACUCUGACGCAGGUAUCGAGUCCUACGCCUACGUCGUUGACAGCGGUGUCCGCGCCACCCACAAGGACUUUGGCGGUCGCGCCAAGCAGGUCUGGACUGCCUUCAAGAAGGACCACACUGAUCGCCUGGGCCACGGCACUCACGUCGCGGGAACCAUCGCCGGCAAGACCUACGGCGUCGCCAAGAAGGCUCAGGUCCUGGCCGUCAAGGUGUUCCAGGGCGAGUCUUCUGAGCUGUCCGUCAUCCUCUCUGGCAUCAACUGGGCCGUCAACGACAUCGUCUCCAAGGGCCGACAGGAAUUCGCCGUCAUCAACCUAUCCCUGGGCAUCGACGCCCCCUCGGCCUCUCUCAACAAGGUUGUCGAGAAUGCCGUCAAGGCCGGAGUCAUCACCGUCGUCGCCUCCGGAAACGCGGCCAUGGACACGGCCCAGACCUCCCCCGGCUCAGUCGCCAACGCCAUCACGGUCGGCGCCAUCGACAGCAACUGGAAGGUUGCCAGCUUCUCCAACUAUGGCAGCCAUGUCGACAUCCUUGCCCCCGGUGUUGGCGUCGUCUCUUGCUCGUGGAAGUCUGACACUGGCACUGCUACCGCGAACGGCACCUCCAUGGCUGCUCCUCAUGUUGCUGGCCUCGUCCUCUACGCUCAGUCCAUCGAGGGCAUCUUUGGCGUCACAGAGACUUCAAACUGGCUCAAGAAGGUCGCCACGUCUGGCAAGAUCACUGGCAACCUCCGAGGCACGAAAAACUUGAUCGCUAACAACAGCAACUACCUCCAAAGGAGGAUCAAGGUCUGA